GCAAUAAUGAAAAUUUGUCAAAAUUAUGAAAAUAGAUAAAGUUUGUUUUUACUAAACAAAGUUAUAUUUUAUUUUAUAUUUAGGAAUUCAAAAAUAAUAAGUAAAUAAUGUCAGAUCAAGAAAAGGGUCCGGAUAUUGUUUCUGAUCAUGAUAAAGAAGUUGCACAAAAUGCUUUAGCAGAAUUUAAAAAAAAAAACUACUCUGCGUGCUUUCAACUUAUAAAUAAAUUAGAAGAUAGAAGCGGAGAUUUAAAAGUAGUUCAAAAUAGAGCUAUAGUAGAAUUUUUGAAAAAUGAUUUGAAGAAAACUGAAACAGUACAGAAAAAUUUGACACAAAUAUGUAAUCAAUUUCAAAUUAAAGCAGAAAAAUUAGAUUAUAUUGAUUAUUGUAUAAUUCUAUACAACUUGACUGUUUUGUUAUUUCAUCAAAAACGAUACACAGAUGCCCAAAGAAUAAUGGACAAAGUAUAUAAAUUUAUUGAACCUAUGGAUGAAUCUUUAGCAAAACAGGUCAGUCUCCUAGCAAUUGAAUUACAAUUAAGUAUCAGGAAACCUGAUAAAGCAUUAAAGUUAAUAAGUUACUUAGAGAAUAAUCUAAUAUAUGGUGGUAGUCUUCCGUUAAAAGGUUUGGAUAAAAAUGGAAAAGAUCGCAAGAUAACAUUGCCACCUCCAAAGCCUUUGUCUGAAGAAUUUGAAAGAAAACUGUUGAAAUAUAAAAUAAGAUGUUAUGUGAUGAAUCAUUCGAUGAAAACUGCUAUAAAAGAAAUCCCAGUUCUUCUUAAAGAUAAAUCGAAUAUCGACGCGAUGUUUCUUUCUGCAAACAUCGAAUACAUCAAAGGAAAUUAUGAAGGUGCUGUGCAGAUUUUAACAUCAAUACCAAACGGCUGCCUUAACUAUCACGACUGUGGUGAGUCCUCAACUAUCAUGUUUUACAAUAACAUGGGAGCGAUCCACUACGCUAUGGGAAAACCAAAUUUAGCUUGUCAUUAUUUUCAAAUGGCACUAAAAGAGGAUAUAAAAAUUAUGCAGCAAUACCAGAAAAAGGAUGAUAGUGAUAAACCACUUUAUACAUUAGGGGGAUCAAAGUAUCAUGAACUGAUGUACAAUUUGGGAAUUGCUUUGUUACAUUCAAAGCGACCUACUCAAGCUUUUGAUUGUUUAAUAAUCGCUGUUAGGAGGUACCACAGGAAUUCCAGGUUGUGGAUGCGUUUAGCUGAAUGUUGUAUAAUGGUUCAUAAAGAGACAAACGAAGUUGAUUUUGGGGAGCAAAAAAAUUUAAUUGCGGAGUUGAUAGGAUCAGCGGAAAAACAGAAAGUAGUACUUGCUACAAAUUUUUCCAAUGAUAAGAAAUAUAGCACAGAGAGUCAGUCAUAUGCAGUUCCAGUCCCUUCAUUGGAAUUUGCUUCAUUAUGUUUGAGAAACGCAUAUUUACUAAUACCUUCUGACACUGAAUCACCACCAGUUCCAUUGUUUCUUGUCACAGGUAUACCACCACCUGCUCCACCGCCUAGUCCUGGGCCUUCGCCCUCUUGUCCUCUCAACCCCGAAGGCAUUGCUGUUCUUAGAAAUGGAAUAUUAAUAGCUAGUGCCUACGUAUCUUUGUGCCUUGGAGAUUACAUUUUGGCAUUAGAAUAUUCCAAAGAAUUACUAGAUCAGCCAAGAAUAUCGGAAGUUCAUAAAUUACUUGCUCAUCUUUAUGCAGCUGAAUCAUUAGUAUUACUAGAUAAAAUAUCAGAAGCCUUGGAACAUUUAAAACCUGAAAAUAUUAAAGAUUUAUCUUUUGAUUUACCACAAGAUCAGUCAGAUGAAGAUAUAGUCAAAAAUAAUCCUCCUCCAAAGUGGUUCCCAGAUAACAUCCAAACUGCUUAUUCAGUAAUGCAUUAUAACAUUGCUGUUGCCAAAACGAUGAGGGGCCAACUGGAUCAGGCUGGUAUACUACUAAGACAAAUAUGGCAAAUGAAGAAAACGUGUAAAGUGCCGGCACAUAUAGUUAUGCUAUACAUAUACAUUGAACUCCAACUAGGACACAUGGAUGCUGCAAAAACCUUAAUACGACAAUAUCAACAUCGAUUAACCGGAUGAAAGCUUUGAAAUAUUUUUGUAUUUAAUAAAAAAUUGUAUAUUAUAUUA